GAGAGAGAGAGAGAGAGAGAGAGAGAGAGAGAGAGAGAGAGAGAACACAACCCUAAAAUAUUUGCCCUCUUCCCCUCCAGUUAAGUUUCUGGUGUCACUUAGGAAACAGAGCCUCAGUCCUGUGUGCUCUUCGAGGAGGAGAGCGUGUGGGCUCGGGCUUGGAUUCCCUCCUGCACUCCCCACAUCCCGGGCUCCUGUCCUGCUGGGGACACAAAUCGUCCCUUCCCUCAGCACCCAGCCCACCCCAAGGGGCCGUGCCAACCCUCGGCUAACUCAGUCCUUUGUUGCUUUCUGGUUCUGUCUCAGAAGAGCCUCGCCCGAAGAGGGAGAGUGGUUUGAAGGAGGGAUGAUGCCGGGGCUGCGCCUGCUGUGCUGGGCGCUGCUCCUGGGCCUGGCCCAAGGCUGUCCUGAGCCCUGCGACUGUGGUGAGAAGUAUGGCUUCCAGAUCGCCGACUGCGCCUACCGUGACCUGGAAGCUGUGCCGCCUGGCUUCCCAGCCAACGUGACCACACUGAGCCUAUCAGCCAACCGGCUACCAGGGCUGCCCACGCGUGCCUUCCGGGAGGUGCCACUGCUGCAGUCGCUGUGGCUGGCCCACAAUGAGAUCCGCAAGGUGGCUGAAGGCGCCCUAGCCUCACUGGGCCACCUCAAGAGCCUGGACCUCAGCCACAACCUCAUCUCAGACUUCGCCUGGCGUGACCUGCACAACCUCAGUGCCCUGCAGCUCCUCAAGAUGGACAGUAAUGAGCUGACCUUCAUCCCGCGCGACGCCUUCCGCAGCCUGCGCGCCCUGCGCUCCCUGCAGCUCAACCACAACCGCCUGCACACGCUGGCUGAGGGCACCUUUGCACCACUCACAGCGCUGUCCCACCUGCAGAUCAAUGACAACCCCUUCGACUGCAACUGCGGCCUCGUGUGGCUCAAGACAUGGGCGCUGGCCACGGCCGUGUCCAUCCCGGAGCAGGACAAUGUGGCCUGCACGUCUCCUCACGUGCUUAAGGGCACCCCACUGAGCCGCCUGCCACCUCUGCCCUGCUCGGCGCCCUCUGUGCAGCUCAGCUACCAGCCCAGCCAGGAUGGCGCUGAGCUGCGGCCCGGCUUCGUGCUGGCGCUGCACUGCAACGUGGACGGGCAGCCGGCCCCACAGCUGCACUGGCACAUCCAGACCCCUGGCGGCACUGUGGAGAUCGCCAGUCCCAAUGUGGGUGCUGACGGCCACAUCCUGCCUGGAGCCCCAGCAGUGCCUGGUGGCCGGCCACGCUUUCAGGCCUUUGCCAAUGGCAGCCUGCUCAUCCCUGACUUUGGCAAGCUGGAGGAGGGCACCUAUAGCUGCCUGGCCACCAAUGAGCUGGGUGGUGCAGAGAGCUCAGUAAAUGUGGCACUGGCCACCACGGGCGAGGGUGGUGAGGAUGCACUGGGGCGCAGGUUCCAUGGCAAGGCAGUGGAGGGCAAAGGCUGCUACACGGUUGAUAACGAGGUGCAACCGUCUGGGCCCGAGGACAAUGUGGUCAUCAUUUACCUCAGCCGUGCUGGGAGCUCUGAGGCGGCUGUGGUGGGAGAAGGGGCCUCGGGGCAGCAGUGCCUCGGCCUGGUCCUGGUCCUGGCCCAGAGUCUGUUCCUCCUCAGCAUCCCCUUCUAGGCGAGCUCUGGUCUGCCCUGAAGCUGGCACCGGCCCUGCCUAUGUGCCUCAUAAAUGCCAGGGGCUCAGAGUUGGUGACUUCACAUUCUCCUACCUCCCUUCUAAUCUCUUCUGGGCACUCAACACCCCAGCUCCCAGACGUUCUCAAGGUGAGGGGCUAGUGGAGAGCUGGGUCCCAGCACCAUCUUGGUGCCCAUUGCUGCUAACAGAGUCACCCGUGACCCCAGGGCUAGCAUGCUCACAGGGCGAUGCCAAGCCGCUGAAGUCCCAGGUAACUGACAGUGAGGGUCACGUGGUGGGGGCUGGACUACCAGGGCAGAGCUGGGAGCAGGCAAAGGGAGAGGAGGGUGAAGAGAAGGCAGGGGUGGUGGCUCAGCGAGCCCUGUGCUCCCCUGUCCCCUGCUGUUCUCUCCACCACAGGCUCCAGAGCUCUUCUGCCUCCUCCCAGACAGGCCUGGUCUCCCUCUCCUGCCACCUCCCUCCCAGCCUGUGCCUUCUGCCCUGGACGCCUGCCCGCCCUUUCUUCCCUCCUGUUUACAUCUGUAGCCCGUGCCUGCAAAGGGGCUGGCCUGGGGCAGCAGAGAAUAAACAGCAUUUCUCACGCU